GUAUAAUACCACUCAACUAAAUCACAUCCCUUCACACUCUUUCUCUCUCUUAUAUAAAUAUUCUCAUUCAUUUUCUCGAUAUCCAAACAAACAGAACAAUCCAAUCCAAUCCAAUCCCUAAGCCGUUCAAUUAUAAUAGCUAGCGAGAACUUCGAUCGAUCAAAAAGUAAAAGAAAGAAUGAUACUGGUGGCGUCAAUGGCGGAGCUGAUGGAGGAGUACACGGCGUUGCUGUCGAGGGUUCUAGAACAUUUGUUCCAUUCGGCGCCGUUUCCUGGCCGGGUUCGCUUUCUCAUUCUCCGGAAUCUUCCUUUCGUUUCUUAUAUUCCUCCUCCUCCUCCUCCUCCCUCGUAUCAUUCCACUGCUUGAAUUAGACUAAUUUAGGGAUAAUCUUGUAAUUUUUUCUUUCUUUUUUUGAAUUUGCGGGAUUUUUUUUGGUCUUGUGUAUGUAUGAAGAUGUAAUAUAUGAAAUAAACUGGAGUUUUAAUUUUUC